AUGGGUUGUGGCAUGAGUACCGAGGAUAAGGAGGGGAAGGCGCGGAACGAGGAGAUUGAGAACCAGCUCAAGCGCGACAAGAUGUUGCAAAGAAAUGAAAUCAAGAUGCUGCUCCUGGGUGCUGGUGAAUCUGGAAAAUCGACCAUACUCAAGCAGAUGAAGUUGAUCCACGAGGGCGGCUACUCCCGUGAUGAGCGGGAGUCAUUCAAGGAAAUUAUUUACAGCAACACCGUCCAGUCCAUGCGCGUGAUCCUCGAAGCGAUGGAGUCCCUGGAGCUGCCCCUGGAGGAUGCGCGCAACGAGUACCACGUCCAGACCAUCUUCAUGCAGCCCGCCCAGAUCGAGGGAGAUAGCAUCCCUCCAGAGGUCGGAACCGCCAUUGCUGCCUUGUGGCGCGAUACUGGCGUCCAGGACUGCUUCAAGCGUUCCCGCGAGUACCAAUUGAACGACUCCGCCAAAUACUACUUUGACGCCAUUGACCGCAUUGCGCAGCCCGACUACCUCCCCACCGACCAGGAUGUGCUCCGCUCCCGUGUCAAGACUACCGGUAUCACCGAGACCACUUUCAUCAUCGGCGAUUUGACCUACCGUAUGUUCGAUGUCGGUGGUCAGCGAUCCGAACGAAAGAAGUGGAUCCACUGCUUUGAGAAUGUCACCACGAUUCUCUUCCUGGUCGCCAUCUCCGAAUACGAUCAGUUGUUGUUCGAGGAUGAGACCGUCAACCGUAUGCAAGAAGCUCUGACCUUGUUCGACUCCAUUUGCAACUCUCGUUGGUUUGUCAAGACGUCCAUCAUUCUCUUCCUCAACAAGAUCGAUCGAUUCAAGGAGAAGCUGCCCGUCAGCCCCAUGAAGAACUACUUCCCUGAUUACGAGGGAGGCGCCGACUACGCUGCCGCUUGCGACUACAUUCUCAACCGAUUCGUCUCUCUCAACCAGGCGGAGCAGAAGCAGAUUUACACCCACUUCACCUGUGCCACCGACACAACUCAAAUUCGAUUCGUCAUGGCCGCCGUCAAUGGUAUGUCCCACUCUGGUCCAGUGGACCCCCUCCCUCCCCCCGGUUUUAUCUUCGACCUGAGGUCGAUUGGUAUCUUGACGGGCUUAUGCUGA